GAAAGUUCAGCGGUUCAUAAUCGGGUCUAUAUAAGGUCAGUAUGUUGAUCUAGCACAGCCCCCGACUCUGCUUCUGCCAUAUACCAGGAACAAUUUUGAGUUCCUGUGGUCUACUGCCCCACUGAUCGGCCAGAUUAACUACGGAGUGGCAUACACCGUAGAAGCAGCACAGCGCGGGAUCGUCAUCUCAGCUAACUGUGACAGUGCACUGAAGACGCUGGCGAAUGGCCAUACAUCGUAUACAGGCUAACCUGGAAUGCGGGAUUUCAUUCCCCUCUGGACGUGGAACAGCUGCGGUACAGGCCGGAUCUCCAUGCUGUGUGCGACAGCCCCACUCUACCGAGCUGAGCACUUCCGACCAUUCUUCGUCCUCUGCCGUGACUAUUAUGGUCUGCAUACACAGUUCGAAUCACUGACGGCCCGCAGUCAUUCUUCAAUUUCACAAGGCUGCGAGUUGGUCCGCUGCGGCGUGGUCGGACCAGUGUGUACGCGAUGGGUAUCGUAUUGCACUGCAAACUACUCGGGUGCCAUCCUAUGCACUUCUAGGCCCCAAAAAACUGCUCAAAGCUGUGCGCUUCUCUGCCAACACCCUUAAUAGGCUAGCUCCGACCCGCCCAGCGCCAUGUAACAUCGCUUUUCGAUGCCUGAAGCAGGGCGGAAAUGACUUCAUCAUCUGUAGUAGACUGAAAACUUGUUCUUCAAGGCAAAUGUGACCACUUUCCUGAGCUCCAUAAUACCAA